UGAGUCUGAAAGACAUAACAAACCUUCACCGCCAAGCUAGACUUCAGAUGGGCAAAAAUUUACAUCACAAUAAUGACAGGAAGAGGGCUAGAGAGGGCAAAACUACUGAAGACUCAACAAUCUCAGAGACUAGUUACGAGCAGCCCGCCAAGAAGAAAAAUCACAAGAGGAAAUCCAUAAGGGACAUCUCUAAAGAGAAUAUUUCAAAGCCUUUAAAGAACUUUAUGGCAAACGCUCAUGGCAGGCUAAAGGAUACCAAGCGCUGUCUGGUCAAGAAGAAGGGAGAUAAGCGAAGAAAUAAACCAAAAAGGAAAUUUAAAAAUGUAGUAGCUCUCAGAAAUUCCUAUGCACAACAUCUCCGCCCCUUUGAUAGAGAUAACGUUCAUAAAGCCAAGUACUGAGGUGAAUAUUGAGAACAAAUUGAGGCUUUGAAUCUCAAUAAGGAAAUUACCCGCUUUAAGACUUCUUUUGGCAAUGGGACCAAGAUCAUCCAGAAGGAUUACCUGACUCAGAACAACAGAAAUAUAUUUGCCAACAAUCUCUUUGGCUUCUUCAUCUCUGCAGAUGUAUGUGACCUAAACACACUGUUCCUUGCGAUACAGAUAUUUGACAGAUAUGCUUACAGAUCGAAAGUCAAUGCGAGAAACCUCAGUGUAGUGUGAUUAUCCAGCUUUUGGCUUGCCGAGAAAUUUGAAGAAAUUUACCCGACUCCAGUACCAUUUUACAUCAAAGCUGCAGACAAGAGAAUAAGGAAACUCGACUUCGAAAGAAAGGAGAAAGAGAUAGCCGGUGAGCUCAAAUUUAGGAUAAAUUAUUUCCCAACAUCGUUGACUUUUCACAAGAGAUUUCAGAUGAUCCUAAAGUUGAACAAGAAGCAAAUUAUGCUCUCCUCUUACAUUCUUUUAUGAAGUUUGACAGAUUGCCAGAUGGUGUUCGAAUACCCCAGCACAGUCGCCUUAGCUAGCAUUUGCUUGGCUUGCAAGAAGAUAGAUUCAUCUUACAGGAUACCCAAAAACCACCGUGAAUGAUUCUUCAAAACCUGUGAGCUUGAGGAAUGAAUCAGAACGCACACCCAGAUGAUCACUGGUAGGGGUCAGAGCUUAUCAGGCUGUAUCUUCUCCAUAAUGAAGAGCCUUAAAAGGAUAUGUGAAAGGGUAGUUUCUAACUCCACUCAUUUUGAGUUUAUACUAGCCAAAAUGGAGAAUAAGACAAUCAAAAAGUUCUUCUUAUCUGAAUUCAAGCGGCAAAUUCUGAUCUAAAGAUAGAUUGGA